AUGCCUGCAGACGAUGCCGAGCUAAUCAACAUGAAGCCGGAGAAUGACGAGUGUUUGCACCUCCGAGACUACACCGCACACGAUGCGAACCUCAUACCGGUUCUGCCUGAGGAGAUCGAGUUCCGACGAGUGGAAAACUUCCACUGUCGCAACCUUACCAUCGUAGAACAGAGUCCGAUUGCCGUGCGUAAAUUCCAGGAGCUUACAAAGGAAUUGGGCACAGUAAAAGAGCCCAUUUCAGUUGUACUACCGACAAAAUUGCCAUUCGACCUGGGUAAUUACCACCCGUGCUUGGACUCUCAGGCACCGACGCUGUCGGAUGACGAAGAUAUCACAAAUGAAUCCGUCAAUUCUCGUGACCCCUUUGCAACAGGUUUCUCUACAUUGGACGAGCCGUAUUACAGGCUGGCGGAACGCAUAUACCAUCUGGAAAAGUUGAAAAUAGAGCAACGGAGCGCACGAUCAACACCCACUGUGGCAGACACGCUAGACGGUGAGCAGCAACUUCUCAACGAAAGCGAUGAUGACGCAUCUUUACAUUCUCUGCACGUUACUGCACCGGCAGCAGGCGAAGAUGGUUUCUCGACCGGUAGGGAACAAGAAUGCAACCCUCCAGGCGGUGAACAAGGCAAUAUGUCAUGCGAAUCGGUUACAUCGGUUGGAUAUGAUAACGAUCGCCCUACAUUGUGGAAUGCAUCGCCAAGUUCAGACGUUGAUGAGUUACCCUUAGCUGGCGGCAACACAAGUGUUGAGGAUGAACACCUCAAAACGACGAACUCCACCGGUAUCGCAAAUCGCGACCAUGGCGAGGGCAAGCUCCACCACGUGUCUAUGUUCAACACACAACCUCCGCUGGCCUACUACGAUCCAUUCGACGAACCCGAGGACGACCACUUCUGGCCCUUCUCUCUAGGAACGAGUGUGUGGAACUUUGUGGUCGGCAGCGCCCAGAGUUUGGCGUCUAGGGAUUCCGUGGGUAUUAACAUGGAGAGUCACAUUUCGUCGUUCUACUCGAAGGAAGGCAGGGCGAUGGCGCCCGCUGCUGGCGGAGGCAGCUUCUCCGAGUCCGCGGCGCCAGACUCCCUCUCCCAGCAGCUGCGCAGCGGGCUCGCCUGGCGAUCUAUGCUGCUGCAGCAGGUUGGAGUUAACCGCUACUGUACGUAUGACCCAAGUGCCGAGACCGUGGUGACCACCAUGUACGACACCGGCGACUCCUCCCUACGCGGUCAGGUGGACCAUCUUCAGUCUGGUGAGGACGUAGACUGCACAUUAGGAAUCUCGUCUUGCAACGAAUCGGUGAUGAAUCGAAACCAUGAGCGGUACCACAGCGAGGCUGCGAUACCGUCCGCCUUUACUUUUUUUCAGGAGGAUGGCACGGUGAUACGUUAUGUGGAAGACUUCCUAAUUUACUCGCCGAACUGCGAUAGGAUAACGCCGCUAAACCAGUUAUCCCACUUCGGUGCGGGUCUUUGGUUGGUAGGAAAGCUAAAAUUGGUGAGCACGUUGCAUACCGUCAGCGAGUUGAGGGCAUUGAUGCAUCCGACCCUCAAUGACGAGCUUUCUUCGAACGACUCGUCACGUGGCCGGCAGCGCCGCAAAUCCAAGGUGGUAGGCGUACGCGCCCGGAUUAUGGACUUCUUUAUCGACUAUGGGUGCAAGCCGUCUGAUGUUCCGGCGUUAUACGUCAUAAGUGAGCACGAUAUAUACUACCGGUUGGACAGGCCGGCGGUGCGCUACGCUAGCUACCAUGUGUCGUUCUUGCUCUAUUACAACCUGUCCACGCGUCUGACCAAGGAAUACCAGCGCAACUGCAAUCGCAGGCUGAACGAGAUUCUGGCAGAAAUAGCGGCGGAGGACGGUUUGGCCGUUACCGCCUGGAACGAGUCCAUGCAUUUGCCUGGGUUCACGGAGGCAGACCUCAUUAAGCUGAUAGAGAUGCUGUACACUGACUGCCUCCACUUACAUCUCUUCCAAAAUCGCCGUAAAGAGAUUGAUCAAGGCCAAACGCAAGAAACGAACGCUCACUCCGAUAUAGGAAGCGGCACUGGCGUGGGAUCUUAUGGAUCAAUCGAUAUUAAGGCCGCUUAUACUGCACUCGAUUCCCCGUACAGUAUGUUUGACGCUUCUAAGACUCUGGGGAGCACUACAGUUGCUGAGGAUAUUAAAAUCGAGCCUGAUGGGGAAAACCCCAUCUCUGCGCCAACCGACGCCCCCGCCGCAAAUCCUGGUACAAGCACCGUCGGAUUACUGUUGUGCGACCUAAUGGCGUUAUUGAAAGAACAUCGACCGUUCGUUUUCUUCGACGAGAGUUUCGUAGUGCCCGAGUUUAUGAGCGCUGCCCAUCUCACCGAAAAGUAUCUAUCCACCUUUCAGCUGUUAUACAACGAGGCCGAAAUGUCAUCCUAUAAAAGGGACAGGGAUAUGUCUAUUCCGACUCUGCCGUCUGUGCUGGAUGUGCAAGCACCGAUUGUUGCUGCUGAAGUGACCAGAGUACCCAAGAUGCCAAAGAGAGCGUCUCUACCCAAGUCGGCUAAGGCUUCCAAAGCAGCAAAAGAUGGAGCUGCUACGAAGAUACCUAAGGAACCCAAAUCAAGCAAAAUGCCGGCCGCAGUGGAGCCAUUAAAGGUUGUAGCACAACCACCGCCUCCGGUGGAGAUCAAGAGCAAGGUUUCGGGGCGUAUCAUUAAGCGCAACUCGAAGCUGACUGAUGCUGCGGAUAUCCAGCUGAUUGCGCCGGAGGAACCUAAACCCGUGGUUAAACGGUCUACAGCUGCAUCGGAACCUGAUGAAGCGAUGAAACAGCGUCAACAGAUGUUGAUUGAUAAAGAGAAACAGUGCAAUGCGCUAACUUUGCCUGAUGACUUCGAGUACACUUGCUACAACACCUGCAGCGACGUUUCAGGUGACGAAGCCAGCAAGCAGCCUCUUGCGUUGCUAAACGAUUGCAACGUUGAAUUGAACGAUGCGAGAUACUACCCCCGGGAUAUCCCUCUACGUAUGCUAAGGUUUUACGGUGCGGAUGAUAUUUUGGAUAUUGCGAAUGUCUGUCGACAGUUCUCGGCAUCCCCCUCGAACGUUGAUCCGCUGUUGCCUAAGUUUUCGUUUGCUGAGCUCGAAAGGAGCUUACUCUACACCACCAGCGUCGACGUGUACAAGCCACUCGAACCUUCCACGUUCCGUUUCGAACCUCCGCAAUGUCUCUGCAGCUUGGUUGCAGAGCACGACGACUGGUUUGUCAAAUUCCAGGGUCUCGAUAAGAGGGUGAACGACCUGUAUCUGGGGCUCAUGCGCUGCCUGAACGACUACAGCCGCUUCGACAGUUGGGAGUAUCGGGUGCGGAUGAUGCGUAUUCUUUCCCCCCUAUCGGACAAGAAGAAGGACGCACAGGAACGCGAUAUAAAGGCUAGCAUGCCGGAUUAUGAAACGCUGUCUUAUUUCAUGUCUACUCACGGCGGUUGCCUAUACCGCGGUCGAUUUAGGCACAUAAUUCCGGAGCCUGAGCAUCCGAUUCCAUACAUAAACUGUUCGCGGUGGAACAGGCGUUUUAAGAAGGUCGAACGUCUGUUGGCAGCCACCAAAUCUUACACCUACACAAAUGUGGAUUAUGAGUAUCUGGCGGACGGUGUUGUGAUCUCUUUGAAUUCUCGCUUAGAAGGCGUACCCAUGGAUCUGCUGGCUAACAGUCGCCGCGAAGGAGCCGAUUACCGUGUGAUAUACCCCUCAGAUGUUUUCGAGGUGUUGCCCACUUUCUCUAAAAAACUGCUGGUAUGGCAAACGGAGCCGUUACCCGAGACCCCGGAACGCUCUGACCUGCUCGAUACGCUGAACGAUCGGUUGAAAGCUUCCUCCCUGCUUCUCUUCGGUGUGGAUCCAGUGCCGGUGAAUAAAGCAGAGCCGGUGCUAGGAUUCGGUUUCAGGGAGUCCAUGAGCCUGCUAACUGCCAAAGUCGCGUUGCAUCCAAUGAUGUUGACGGAGUAUACUUGGCCGUGUCUACUACGCAUCCAUCUGUUUUAUGCAGUGUACUCAUGCCGACGCAAGUACGUGUACAGGAUCAACUCUGGGAAUUACGGAGAUGCGCCGUCUUCCGCCAUGAACGCAAUGGAGGAUGAGGACGAAGACGAGGAAGACGAUGAGGCUAUGGACAAGGAAGCCCCAGAUGGUGGCAAGGGUGAAUCUACAGCGGCUAAACCAAACGGAUCACUGGCAGCUACCAGCAACUCUGAGGAUGAUGUGGACGAUGAAGAGGAGGAAGAAGAAGAGGCAGAGGCGGAAGCCGAGGAGACGGAAGAGGGGGGUCGUGUUGGCCGCCGUCGUGGCCCAGGAACGCAGCGAUAUUCUCCCUACUAUGAAUUUGAGAUUCAGUGGUACCCAGAUAACGGGAGAGUUAAGCACCUGUUCAAAGGAUCAGUCUCUAUAGAGGCGGUUAAGGUGGUAAUGGAAAAAUUGCGCGUCUGCAGCUUCUUUGAACUCGAGGUACGCGACCGACUAAUAUUGUUGCGUUGGAUGGGCGAGUUGUUGUCGUAUAGCCCUGAGGCCAAGCGUUUCAUCGACCAAAGGAACGACGAAUUUUUCAACUUGAAAGCAGCUCUGGUUAAGAGUGACAGCACGCAGGCGGCAGCCGUGGCAGCCUCAGCGGAUGGGAAGGUUGAAGACGUGGACAGGCCACUAAAUAAUGAAAUGAUGUCCUCACCGGGCAACUUUGACGCUGCCGUCAAAUCUGAAACUGAUGGUGACCUCAGCGGAGCUGCAGAAAGUUCUGGUGAAAGCGGUAAGGAUACGGAUAAAUCGACGGAAAAUACGACAGCGGCAUCAGCAUCACAGAACCCAUCUGGCGGCACAGCUCAUCCGAAGGUAAAAUCGGAACCCGAAAGCAGUUCAAAGUCCUCCGCAAGCAUUCCGGUCAAAUUGGAGCCUGUGGAUGCACCUAUGGGCGUUGAUGGUGUGGCCAUAAAGGAAGAGCCGGGUACAAAAGUAUCCCGUAAAAAGGCAUCUGCGGGCGAUGUCAAGAUGGAAGGCGAUUCACAAAACCCGGAGGGUGCCGCAACAAAUAAUGCUCGGGACAACGAUCAGGGUGCUGCUGCCGCGUCUGGCACUGACACGGCAAAACGUAAGAAGCCUAAGGAGAUCAUGAAGGAUCUGGCCGAGCUGGAGGAGCGAUAUGUGCAGCGUAACGUGCACAUUGGGCGUGACCGUUUCUACAACGAUUAUUACUAUUUCGGCGGGGAGCUUGGUUACCGCAUUUUUGUUCGCACUCUGCCAUCUGCUAGGUUUACGGCGCAGCGAAAUUCGAUGCGUACUAAGCAGCAACGCACCGCUUCGUUUGGACCUGAAAAGUUCAAGUUUAGGAUUGCAGAUCAUGCCAAACAAUUACAGGCGGAUCGUAUAUUCAGUGCUGAUGAAGUGCCCGGUCAAAAGAAAAGGAAGUCUGCGGGUAAGGGCUCAACGUCUGAACCUCAGGAAAACAAUAACAAGGCAUCCAAUGAUUCAAAUUCAGCUCCCAAUCCUCAGGAGGCAUCUAGUGAUCCAAAGAACGGAGCCGGCGCAAAAGAUGAGGGCAGCGUACCGAUGAUUAAGCGGCGUAAGCCUAAAGGUCGGAAACCUAAAAUGGUCAAACCUAGGCUGCGACGUAGUCGCGAAUUCUUCGAUAGGCAGCCAACAAGUUUCAAUACGGUGUUCGACUAUCUGAACUACCUCACAACAAUUCCCCCGCGUCUCUCUUGGGGUGUCAUGGAUACCCCUUGGGACAUCCGCAUGUUCAUCGAGCGGUUGUCCCCGCUGACUAGCAACGAGAGGGCAUUGCAAGCCAAGUUGAUACAGUUGGAACCUGAAUUCAACAACGCGGCUUCACUGCCGAACAGCGCCGUCGAGGCGUGGCGUGCGCCAACUCCCUACGGUCAUCUACUGAUAUCGCUUACUCAAGGUGUGAAAUCAUUUUCUUCGAACAUUAUUGAGAUGUCAAACACCACGCUGUUGCGUUAUGGUGGUAUGAAAUCUGAGUCGCCGUCUUCCGAGGAUCAGGCGAUGCAUGGUGAAAGGGAAAAACAUAGGCGUAGGGGCAAAGCGACCGACUCCGCAAGUGAUGGCAAUCCGUGCAAUCGUUGUGCGAGCAAAGGGCACAAAUUAUGCGGUGCUGAUGUCGUAAAGGUGAUUGACGCAGAAAACAAGCGUCUAGCGGAGCUAAUCGGCAGUGUGGCGUUGGACUCGUUGGCAUGUUGCUGUGGUGACGUUGCAACGGUUGCUUCGGGUGUAUCACUGAUCAUCCAGUUGGUUGUUCUGUGUGAAUCCGUCAUAUCGCGAUAUUGCGACUGGCUUUCAUGGAAUGAGAAGCGUGCUAUGUGGUGGGACAAAAUAGAUUCUAUGUACCGCAAUAUGCAACGUAUGAGUUCAAAGAUUGCUGAUAAGUCAGGAUCGCGCACUAGUCCCGCACGCAAUUGUGCCUGUGGGUCACGGGGCGGCAGCGCUGCCCUUAAUGCUGACGAGAAGCUGCUCCUCCAAAGUAUUGAGGAGUUGGGUGUUUGGUUCCAGUAUGUCUACGUCUUUAAUCACCAGCGGAUGAACUUGUUUUCGAAGCACCAACUGCACUGGACAUCCGCAUUGGAAACCGCGGAACCUACGUUGCUUUGCUCCCACAUCACCGCUAUGUGCCAAGGUUCUAUGGUCUAUAUGUUCGGGGGUUACAGGGAGUGGCUGCUGUCUCUCGCGGCAAACAACCAAUUUCCACGUGACCUGCUCUCGGAGAUGGUGAAGGAGUACGGCAGUCCACCUUCUGAAUCUAGCAAAGCUUCUCUGCUCAAGUUGUUGCAUUCAAUGGAGCCGGUGGUUCCAGUCGAGACGCUGGAGGUAUACAUAGAGUCUGUGUGGCUAUUUGAAGUGCCAAAGUGCGGCCGUUUUGCGAGACUUGCUUUACGCAGCGUAGGAUAUGAGAAAUACGAUCCAGAGGGCAAUCCCGCUUCUGAGUCCAUCGUCGAGGGGCGCUUUGUACCAUACUUGCAAUCGGUUUAUGCGUCUGUGGCUGCGCAGGAUAGCGAAAGUACGGAUAAUAAAGUGGCGGCUAGUGCUGACUACUUCCUCAGAGGAGAAUCACGCGAGUCACAGAGGUUUGUCGUAUACGCACCGCUAGACUCCGUUGAUCGUGCAUCCGAAUUCGUGCUCCCGCUUACAUUCUUGGCGGGCCACAUGUCGCAUGUAUGGCGGCCCUCGAUGAAAUGCGAAUGGGACGGCAAAGAGUCUCAGGUGCACAAUAUGUGCUACGGCGCCGCUGACCUGUGGCGCACAGUUCAGAUUGAUACUGGCGACCAAAAGGAGCUGGUAAACUUGUGGGAAAUUACCCCAGUUUGA